AUGCCACGUACCACUGCCAGCCUCGUCUGUCUCGUUGCUUUAGCUGCCCGUCAAGGAAACUUGGCUCAUGCUGCAGCCGUCUCAUCAUCUGCAUCUUCGUCAUCUACCGCCGCAGCCACAGCCGGCUCCACUUACAUGGUGAAUGGACAGGUAGUGAAAUCCAGCUCUAGCUCGGCUCAAGCUGGUGCUGGGGCGUAUGCUUACGCCGACUCCGAUGGACAUCAAGUCGAAAAGCAUUGGUCUACCUCUUCGACCAACGGUUCCAAAAAGAAAUGUGAUUGCGAGGACAAGAAGAAGCCUUGCGAUAAGAAGCAACAGGAUGAUGGAAGUUUGCCUGUGCCUGGAGUCUCCAGUGGUGGAGACAUCUCCCCUUCUGGAUCCAACUCACCUGGCUCUAGUUACCCAACUGGUGGACCCUCCGGCUACCCAUCCACACCCUCCGAUCCCUCGUCAGUGACUAGCCCAAGUGGAAGCGGCUACCCAUCCCAGCAGGGCUCUAACUGUACCGACAGCGCCACCGGCUCGUCUUCGAACUGCAUGCCGGCAUCGAACUAUCCCAAUAGUUCGCCUACGCCACCAAGCUCCGGCUACCCAUCAGUCUCAAGUGGUGGGGGAGAUUACCCGUCCGGCCCAAGUGAUAGAAACAACUACCCAUCGGUCUCGAGUGGUGGCAGUGAUUACCCAUCCAGCCCAAGUGGUGGAAAUAACUACCCUUCUGUCUCAAGUGGUGGUAGUGAUUACCCAUCCGGCCCAAGUGGUGGAAAUAACUCCCCAUCUGAUACCAGCGGGGGUAGUGGCUACCCAUCGGGCAACUCAACCUACGGUCCUUCUACACCUGGAAAUGUUUCCCCUCUACCAGGUACUGACUACCCUUCGCCGAGCGGUGAUAGCACUCCAUCAAUCUCCAGCGGGGGAGGAAGCUACCCGUCAGGUUCGAGUGGGGGAAAUGCCGCUCCAUGCAAUGGUACCAACUCGAAUGGAAACGGCGGAUCUUCAUUGACAUCCCCCCAGGGUAGCAGCUACCCGUCUGUUUCCAGUGGAGGAAAUGACUACCCACCUGUUAGUAGUGGCGGGAAUGCCUACCCAUCGAGCUCCAAUGGAGGCAGCAAUUAUCCUUCGGGUUCGCCAUCGGUUUCGAGCGGUGGGGGAGACGUUCCCCCACCUGUUUCUAGCGGUUCAACUGACUAUCCAUCGCACCCAGCUGGUCAUAACUCCACUUAUCCUUCAACAUCUGGCCAGACCGACUGCGGCUGUGAAAAAGGUUCUGGAAACUCAUAUCCCGUUACUCCUUCGGUCUCGAGCGGGGGUUCUUCACCGAGCCCAAGUCCCUAUCCCGGCGGCCCUCCAUCAGUCACGAGUGGAGGCUCGAGCCCAAGCCCAGGAGGAAGUCCCUACCCAGAUACUCCUUCUGUCACCAGCGGAGGCUCAAACCCGGGAGGAAGUCCUUACCCGGAUACUCCUUCUGUCACUAGCGGCGGCUCCAACCCGCGAGGAAGUCCUUACCCGGAUACUCCAUCAGUUACUAGUGGAGGCUCAGGCACUAGCCCUGGAGGAGGUCCUUACCCGGAUACUCCUUCUGUCACUAGCGGCGGCUCAUACCCGGGAGGAAGUCCCUACCCAAACACUCCCUCAAAUUCAAGUGGUGGUUCUCCUCCUGGCAUCAAAUCUCCCACUGGGUCACCCAAAGAUUCACCUUAUCCAACAAACAGCAACAAUCCCACACCAAUGGCUCCUGGAAAAAAAUCACCCAUCCCUAUGAACAACACGACUGACCCAAGCUCCCCAACCCAUCCAUGCUCUGGAAAUGACAAAUCCACUAGCAGUAACUGUGACACUCCUACACCAAGCAGCAAGAGUCCUGAUGGAAGCUCACCCAAGCCUUCUCCCCAAGGAUCUGGUUACCCUGAAAAUUCCACAAGUACUGACUCUGGAAGUACAGCCUCAGCUCUGGUUGGCCAUUCUACUGUUCAGACCUUGCUCAUAGCCCUUGCCGCCGGCUUUACUGUCACUUUCCUUUAA